GUUACUGCACGGGCUGGGGGGACCCGCACUACGUCACCUUCGACGGGCUAUACUACAGCUACCAGGGCAACUGCACGUACGUGCUGGUGGAGGAGAUCAGCCCCACGGUGGAUGACUUCGGGAUUUACAUUGACAACUACCACUGUGAUGUCAACGACAAGGUCUCAUGCCCCCGCGCGCUCAUAGUGCGCCACGAGACGCAGGAGGUGCUGGUCAAGACGGUGCAGCUGGUGCCUGUGAAGAUGCAGGUGCAGGUCAACAGGCAGGUAGUGGCCCUGCCCUACAAGAAGUAUGGGCUGCAGGUGUACGAAUCUGGCAUCAAUUAUGUGGUGGACAUCCCCGAGCUGGGGGCUCUCGUCUCCUACAAUGGCCUGUCCUUCUCUAUCAAGCUGCCCUACCGCUUGUUUGGGAACAACACCAAGGGCCAGUGUG